AUGACAUCUUUACUGGGUGGUAUCGCAGGUAUCGCUGUUCUAAUUGAUGACAUAAUAAUCGGGGGUCAUACUUUGCUGGAAAUGCAAGAACGAUUUAACGAAGUACUAGGAAGAAUUGAACGUGCAGCACUACGUCUAAAUAAAAACAAAUGCAAAUUCGGCCAAGAAAGAGUGGAGUUUCUAGGCUUUGUAAUUGAUGAGAAUGGCAUCCAUCCUGCACCAAGUAAGGUUGAAUCUAUUGCAAAUACUCUUGAACCUAAAAACAAACGAGAAUUACAAGCUUUUCUUGGUCUUUAUAAUUUUUAUGAGAGGUUCAUACCUCAUAAAGCCACUUUAUUGGAGCCUUUACAUCGUUUGCUGGAUACCCGGCAAGAAUGGCAUUGGACUGAACGGGAACAAAAUUCAUUUGAGACGGCAAAGCGAUUAUUGACAUUUGAUUUAACGUUAGUACAUUAUGACGUAGCUAAACCUAUAACACUUACUUGUGAUAGUUCAGAAUAUGGUGUAGGAGCUGUAUUGUCAUAUGUAACAGAUAAUAACGAAUUUCCUAUAGCUAUGGCAUCUAGAACCUUACAUUCUCAUGAACGGCGUUAUUCACAGCUUGACAAAGAAGCCGCUUCAAUUAUGUUUGGCAUAAAAAAGUUUCAUAACUAUCUCACAGGAAGACAAUUCUGUAUAAUAACAGACCACAAACCAUUGCUUGGUAUAUUUGAUCCGAAGAAGCCAAUGCCUAAUAUGAUUUCACCACGGUUGACGAGAAUUGCCAUAGCCUUGACAUCUCAUAACUAUGAGAUAAAAUAUAAGCCACAACCAGUACAAAGUGAACCUCAAACACAUAUUGGUGAGGUUUUGUUAAUGGCUGAAGCUCCAGAAGAUUUUCCAUUUGACGCAGAAGAUAUAGCUAGAGAGACAAAUCGGGAUAAAAUCUUAUCUAAUGUUAUUUAUUACAUACAAAGGGGAUGGCCUGCAAAAGAAACCGACGCUGAUUUACGACCAUUCUGGUUACAUCGCACAGAACUGUCACUGCAAGAAAAUUGCAUACUUCUGGGAUGCCGCGUCGUAGUACCUCACACUCUUCGUCGAGCAACGCUCCAAAUACUACAUAAAACACAUACAGGUAUAGUUCAAACGAAAGCACUGGCUAGAAGCUACGUUUGGUGGCCUGGACUAAAUGAGGACAUAGAACUUCUAGUUGGUGGUUGUGUUAAGUGCUUGGAAAAUCGACAUAUGCCUCCUAAGACUACACAUGAAUGGAUUACACCUUCGAGACCUUGGUCAAGAAUCCACAUCGAUUUCGCAAUACAAAAUACUUUUUUUUGGACCGUAUCACAACAAAUAUUUUUUAAUUAUAGUCGACGCAUAUUCCCGAUGGCCUGA